AUGCGGAACAUGGGCUUCGGCUACUUUGGGGGCAAGAAGGCCGCGGCGCCCGCGCCCGCGCCGGCGACGUCCAAGGCGCCGGCGCCGGCGCCCGCCGGCGCCAAGCCCCGGCCGCGGACGCCCGAGGCGCUCGCGCCGCCGACGCCGCCGAGCCGCCUCAAGGGCGCGGUGCGGAGCUCGAUGCGUUUAUGGAAGGACGGGCGGCCCACGCCCGACGAGACGCCGCCCUGGGCGCCGGACAAGCAGCACCCGAGCCUGCGGGGCAGCAUCAAGGCCGCGACGCUCUUCGGCGGCCGCGGCGGCGACGGCUUCUUCGCGCCCGCGCCCGCGCCGGCCUUCGACCCCCGGGCCAAGCUCAAGGCCGCCGCGCGGUCGUCGACGUCGGCCAUGAGCCUCUUCGGCGGCGCCAAGGAGAAGGGCGAGGAGCGCGCGGAGCAGGCGCGCAAGGCCAAGGAGGAGAAGGGGCCCGAGAGCGUCGACGAGGCCAAGUCCUACUUCCAGCGCCGCCGCUCCGAGCGCGCCGAGGCCAAGGCGAAGCGCGAGCGCGAGGAGAAGGAGCGCUUCGACAACUCGCGCCUCGGCAAGCUCCAGCGCGAGCAGGAGCUCGCGGCCCUGCGCGAGCAGGGCGAGGCCGCGGCGCCCGCGCCCGCGCCCGCGCCCGCGCCGAAGGGGUAA